UUCCUUGCAAGUAGAGCCUCGUCCUAGCUUAUUUUUCUUCUAAACUGAUAUAUAUCUUUUGUCUUGAAGUGCAUUCGAAUCUGAUGUCCAGCUAACACAUCUCCAGGCGGAACGGCGAUAAUAUGUUUCCUAUGAUAGACCGGAAACUGCUGGUCUCGUGUUCGUAAAAGUGGAUUCAGAGCAUUUGUAUAUUGAAUUUAAAAUUUCUAUUUUAUUAACCAUGUCAACCUUGGAGAAGCCAUCGUCGUCCCAAUCUUUGCCGUUGUCAUCAGUAGCAGCUCGAGAUAUUGAUCCACUGAUAAAGGAUUUAAAUGAAAGGAAGCAGAGUUUUAGGCGCAACGUGGUGUCAUUAGCUGCAGAGUUGAAGGAGGCGCGGAGCCGCCUUAUAUCACAAGAGCAAUCAUUUGCCAAAGAAACCCUAACAAGACAGGAAGCAGAGAUUAAAGCCAGAAGCAUGGAAGAGGAAAUUGGUAGGUUGCGGAGGAGAUUGGAGGAGAGAAACGAGCAACUUCAAGCUUCAGCCGCUACUGCUGAGAAGUAUCUAAAUGAGUUAGAUGAUCUUAGAACACAGAUCGCAGCAACUAGAGCAGCUGCUGAGGCAAGUGUCGCAUCAGCUCAAUCAGCAGAUCUCCACUAUGCAGAACUCGCCAAAGAAUUAUAUGAGAAAAAUCGUUCACUGAAAGAGCAUGAGGUUUGUGUCAUUUGGAUGGGACAGCAAGUAGAUAAUCUACAGAAGGAUCUUCAGGCAAGGGAAUCUUCACAGAAGCAACUGAAAGAUGGCAUUCUGCAGAUUGAACACGAUAUCAUGGAAGCCUUUGCGAAAGCUGAAGCGAACAAGAACUGUAAAUUGAGGAAAAUAUUAGGUGAAGUUUCUCCUAGGAACUUCGAGAAGAUAAAUGAGCUUCUAAUUGUCAAGGAUGAAGAAAUAGCAAAACUUAAGGAUGAAAUUAAGAUCAUGUCUUCUUGUUCGAAGCUCAAGAUUGAGGAAUUAGAAUCACAGUUAGAGAAACAGCGGUGUGUUGAUCAGGAGCUGAAGAAGAGGGUGCUGAAAUUGGAAUUUUGUCUGCAAGAAGCCCGUUGUCAGACGCGAAAGCUUCACAAGAUGGAAGAGAGACGGGACAAAGCUAUAAAAGAUCUGAGAGAUCAGUUAGAAGCAAAACAACGAAGUGAAGUGUGUGCAGAAAAGCAAAACCAAAAUUUCUGGGAUUGCUCUGGAUUCAAAAUCGUGGCCUCCAUGUCCAUGCUGAUCUUGGUGGUGUUCUCGAAGCGGUGAUUGGGCCCUCAAUGUCCUUUCCGUUGUGAAGUAGUUCA